CAUAUAUCUCUAAUCUCUGAUCUUCUCUCCCCCAUGAUUUCAUUAAUAUCUCAUCAUCCAUUCCCAUUCAAAUCCAAUAUAAUUCCCACUUCGCCAUUGACAAAACUUCGAUCUCAAACCUUAAAGAUCAGACAACGAACGUUAACUACGUAGCAUACGAUGAUGUCGUCAGGGGAAGGAUCAUCAUCAUCAUCCCGACAAGCUCCCCAGCAGCAGCCGGUUCAGCUGAGCCGGUACGAGUCGCAGAAGCGGCGGGAUUGGAACACGUUCGGGCAGUAUCUGAGGAACCAACGGCCGCCGGUGCCGUUAUCCCACUGCGACUACACCCACGUCCUAGAUUUCCUGGCCUACCUCGACCAGUUCGGAAAGACUAAGGUGCAUUUGCAAGGGUGCUUGUUUUUCGGGCAGCCCGAACCGGCCGGCCCAUGCACGUGUCCGCUCAGGCAAGCUUGGGGGAGCCUCGACGCGCUCAUUGGCCGCCUCAGAGCCGCCUUCGAGGAGAACGGCGGCUCCCCAGAGACCAACCCCUUCGCCAGCGGCGCUAUCCGAGUCUAUCUCCGGGAAGUCAGAGAUGCCCAGGCUAAAGCAAGAGGGAUCCCAUACAAGAAGAAGAAGAAAAAGAAGACUACUAUUACUACUACUGCUACUACUACUAAUGAAGAACAGACAAUGCUGCCAACCAGAUUUGAGAUGUAAUCUUCUUGAAUAGGGUUUCUGGGGACAAAAUGGUAAAAUCACCAUCAAAUAUGCUUGCUUUUUUUUUUUAUAUAAUAAAUUUGCAAUAAUUUAAGAGGGCAUUUUAAUAAAUUAUAAUUAAUUUUGAUUAAUGUAUGUCAUCAAGACAUCAACCCUAAACUAGAGUUUUAAAAACCCUAGUACGUACUUAUGUUGUUGCAUGUCAAUAUGUCUUGUCCCUUUUAUCAUUCUUGUGAGUAAACUGUAAAAGAUCUAAAAAUAUAAAAAUAAAAAAAUGCAAGGUCUUUUUUUAGGGACAUUAAAGAUAUAUAUAAUAUAAUUUUUGGUUUUGGUUUUGGUUUGGGGUUUUAUUUUAUUUUUCUUUUUUAUUUAUUUAUUUUGGUGUAUGACCCAUAUAAAUUUGUUUUGGAUAUAUUUAUGAAUGUAAUGUUCACUUUUGUCUAA